UUGUGAUUGAUCAGUGGUGAAGUUCAAAUAAAAAAAACAGCCGAUGUGGUGUAAUAUAUAAGUGCUACGACUCGAAAAUGAAGUUCUCCGUUAUUUCUCUACUGGUUCUGUGCCUGGCUAUCUUGCCAGAAUGUUUAUCGAUGCGCAUUCUCAACUUCCGACGGGAAAUCUCGAACUUUAAUUUCAACGGACACUCACUGGGAGUGCCGCAUCAGGAAUACUUCGGACGACAGCAUGGCAAGCAUGCAUUCCGUCGGUGGAGAAGAAACCACGCACCCGAUUACCCUGGAUAUGGAUACGGAGCCCCUGGGCACUAUGGUUACGGUUAUGACGAUGAUUAUCAGCACUAUCAUCAUAAAGGCAAGGGCCUGUGGCGCCGUAAGCGUCAUCAUGGCCAUCGAUACGGAUACGGUUACUAACGAAACUGAGCUAAGGAAGGCAAAGGACUGAUGAUGGAUCGAGAAAGCGUGAUCAUUGAAUACUCAUAGUGUGAUAAAUUGAAUACAAUAAAAAUAGUUAACGA